AUGCUCACUUUGUAAUCCGGAGAGUAAUGAACUAAUAAUAUGUUCUUUGUUGAAUUUUUAUUGACUGAAUAUAUGAUAAUUAUAUGGUUUAUAUUUGCCAAGGUUAUAAUUUUAUAGUGGAUCAGUGUAGUAUAAGAAGAUGCCAUUGUAUUUUUGGUAUGAUUUCAAAUUUAUAAGAGUUUGGAUUGCUUAUAGGAAGAGAUAAUGAAUGGUUAAGAUUUUUAAUUAAUUCUUGUUUUAGGAAUGUUAUUGAAUUGACGUUUGUUUGGUUAACUACUAUGUACGGUUUGGUUAGUUAUUUAAAUUAGAUCUAAAUGGUUUGAUUUAAGUGUUAAAUAUGAUUUAAGCUAGUGGCAUAGACUUGUAAUAUUUAAGGAAAACUGAGGGUUCAUUUCAAUUUGUACUCCAAUUUUAAUAGAUUAGAUAAUUUGAUAUUAGAUGGACCAAAUGUGUAAUAUGUUUUCACAAAAAAUGUAACCUAUAUAAAUCCCUAAAAAAUUGUGGUAUAUAUAAUCAUUACUACAUAACUUUUUUAUAGAAAUUUAUUAAUCCUAAUGUUUAAUAUGAAAUUUCUAAAGCACAAUUAAGCAUGUAUAUUUCUUAAUAAUACACUUUGAUAACUACAAUGUUAGAAAAUGCAAUGAAACUCAAAAUUAAUAAAUUAGAUUAAACAAAUUUUAUUUGGCUAAAAUUAUUAUAAAUUGUGUUUGAUUGAACUAAAUUAUUUGUAUAAUCAAAUGUUAACCAACAUAAAAUUUCAACAAAAUCACCUCCUUAAUUUAAGAAAAAUAAUAACAAAUUUAAUCUUUAAGUCAAAUCACUAAAUUACCAUAUAUUAACGCUGGGUAAAAACCCCGAAUCCGAAGAAACAAACAAAAUCCGAUUUGAAUAGUACCGAACCCAAAUAUAAAUUGAUUAAAUAUCCAAAUGGGUUCAAAAACUGAAUCUGACCCAAACCAAAGUAUUUUAACAAAUCACCUCCUUAAUUUAAGAAAAAUAAUAGCACGAUAAAUCCUUAAGUCAAAACACUAAGUUAAUACAUAUUAGUGCUGGGAAAAUACACCGAAUCCAAAGAAGCGAACCAAAUCUGAUUCAAAAAUAUGAAGAUAAGAUCCAGUUCUCUAGUUUAUAUAUAUGUGCACUUUGAAAGAAUGCAGCAGGUUCUUGAAAUAUCUAUUGGUAGAUUUUUGUAGAGAUUCAGAUUGUUCUAGCUUUUUGGCUAUGGAUAUCUUACUAAAUUGUGGCCGCCUAGCCGAUUUUUCUGCCGCCUGCACGCUACACAGUUGAUGAACGUGGCGAUUAUCAUCAAUUUGGCUGUGUUGAACAGUGUCACGCGUAAUCUGCACCUAGAGAAUAGAAUACGAAAAACGCGGCUUAUAAUUUUCGGAAGCCGAUUAAUCAAAAUCAAAAAAUUUCUAUGUCUGCUCCGUUCUUCUCUUUAGCUGGUGCUGUCGUCGUCUUCGUUUCUAAACAGUGAUCCCAUCGUGUUUCUGGAAUAUUCUCUAGCUUAAACAGCCAAUCUCUUUGUAUCUGCAUAGUUGCUUUAAAGGAUCUUUUACUUCUUGUAGUUUCAACAGCUGGAGUAUUGCUUAAAUUUAAUUAACACUAAUAAGCUCAUCAAAAGCUGUGUUCAUGUGUUUGGAUAGAUAGAACAUCAACCGUUUAUGAAAAAUAUCAAAAGAAAUUGACAAAAUAUUUUGAAAAAAAAAAAGAAUGGUUGACGUCAAAAAAAUAAAAUACAUAACUCAUAGUAGGAUUUUUAGGAAGAUGACAGGGAAAAUGACUUUCGUGUCAUUCUCUAUGUUUAAAUGAAAAAAUAUAUAUGAUAAAUAAUGAUCUUUCCAUUUUUCCUUCGAACCCAUGACCUAUAGGAAUGACAAAAACAGUAGCAAACCACUAUACUACGUAGUUUAUUGGUAUUCCUAUUAAAAAGAAGGUAUAUAUAUUCAUAUAUAGCUAUAACAGUGCUAAAACUAGGUCCCGAUUAAUCCCCGCGUAAUCUCCGAUUAAUUGAUUCGGUGCUAGGUCCGGGUCGAGCGUUACCCCUAGCGUAACUUUGAACAAGGAUUAUGUUAUUACACGUUGGAUAGGCUGUGUGUCUUUGAGAGUCUCCCCUCAUUUCCUGAUAUUUCAUGUAACAAAUAUGGCAAGACUAAAGAAAAUUGGACUAGCCCAUGACACUUUUUUCUGUGCAGGCCUAUUUUCUUUGGCCCAUUACAAUUACUGCGUUUGAUCAAUCAAGAGAUGGGAAUGUUGACGAGUCAUAGACCUUUGUCUACGCAUGGGAAAGGGAUGGGGAGUGUGAGUGUGCCAUGAGCUCCUGACGUUUUAGGGUGUUGGAUCUCCAUUGCCUAUGGUCAUUCACUUUAUCCCCCAAUCUUAGUUUUGCAUAGUGUGGUCCUCUCAUUUCUUUUGGCUUGCCAUGCUUGUGCAUUAAGAGAAGCUUGUUGUUUUGUCUGCCAAUUUAUAUCUCAAAAGGAAACAAGUAGUACACAAGCUUCUGGAGAAUCAUGUCAUGGGGACUUCGGUAGCAGAACAUUUAUUGACUUAAAUGCCACCCACAAAGUUGGUCUAACCUCAGCAUGUGAACCUAUUCAAGUUUGUUCUUUCUUAUUCCAAUUCUCUUAGAUUCUCUCCUUGUCCUACUUCUUAAUAAUGUUAAGGAACAUGUUAUGUGUCUUUGUAUUAGAAACUUGAAGGAUGAAGAUACAGUGUGAAGUGUGUGAAAAAGCUGAAGCAGAAGUACUUUGCUGUUCAGAUGAAGCUGCUCUUUGCAAGCCAUGUGACAUUACGGUUCAUGAAGCUAAUAAACUUUUCCAGAGGCAUCACCGAGUUCCUCUACAGAAACCUUCAUCCACCACAUCAUCUACAGCUCCUCUAUGAAGGUUUGUUUCCAUCAUCUCUGAGAGAAAAGGGUACUUCUUCUGCUUAGAUGACAGAGCAUUGCUCUGUAAUGACUGUGAUGGAGCCAUUCACAUUUGCAACUCCCACCAAAGAUUUCUACUUUCUGGAGUCCAAGCUUCUGAUCAGUCUUUGACUAAAAGCUCCGGAUGCAGCACUAAUCUUAGCUCCGAAACUUACCAGAUUCAGUCAAAAGCUUCUUUGAAUAGUCAAUAUUCCAGUGAGGAGAAUGAAGCCGGAAACUCAGGUGAGACAGACAAGACUCCUUCUGUCAUCUUAAGUCCUUAAAGAUACACAAAAUCAUGGAUGGUCCAUUCAUGUUUGUAGACUAAGUGACAAACUACUGGAUAUUGAUGUCUAAUAAUAACAGUUUAUGUAAUGAAGUCUAUAUAGGUACAUAGUUAUACAUAUGUUAUAUGCAUAUAUUAUUCCACUCAGAAGAGAUGUUGAGUAAUCAUUUUUUUUUUUGAGCAACUGAGUAUCAUAUUUGUGGUUUAUCCGAGCAAAAAUAAAACAUGACUUCUUUGACCAAAAAAAAAAAAAAAAAAAACAU